AUGCCGCCGCGACGGCCAGGGCAGCCCUUCCGCCGAGUAGGCAAAGGCGGCAAUGCCUCUUAUGGCCCUCGAAAACCAAAGACAGUCGAAGCCUCCUCAUUACGCAGCACAGAAGCCACUUCACAAAAUGAGAAACUCGAAGCCACACGCCUCGCGAACCGCAUCGAUGAGUCCAUGGGCUUCCCCCGCUACGAAGCCGGCAAGAAGCGCAUUGGCUGGCUCUGCAACAUGCACUCUACCACCAUAGAAGACGAGAACGUGCCUGGGGGAAGGGCGGGCGUGGACUACUACUUCAUUGGCGAGGACGGCGACACAUUCAAGGCGACGCUCGAGUACGACCCGUAUUUCCUGGUCGCUGUGCGCAAGGGCCGAGAGCCGGAGGUAGAAGAAUGGUGUAGACGGUCGUUUGAGGGCCUUGUCAAGAGCAUGAAGAAGGUAGAGAAGGAGGACUUGUCCAUGCCGAAUCAUCUCACGGGAUACAGGCGGACGUUUUUGCAGCUGAACUUCGCCAACGUUAGCGACUUGCUGGCUGUGAGGAAGGUCAUGGGUCCGAUCGUGGAGAAGAACAAGAAGAAUGUCAAUGCCAUGGACACGUAUGCCGAGGUGGCCAGCACAACUGCUGGCUUCGACAUCUUUGACGACGAUUACGAUUAUGAUAGACGGCCUACUGCGACGAUUGAUGCGAGCGAUUUCAUUCUAGAUAUACGGGAAUAUGACGUUCCCUACCACGUACGAGUUGCUAUCGACAAAGAUAUCCGAAUCGGAAAGUGGUACACAAUUGAGGCGAAGCACGGCAUAAUAUGCUUGACCUGUAUAGACGACCGUUUGAAAAUGGCCGAUCCGGUCGUCAUGGCGUACGACAUAGAGACGACCAAACUCCCUCUGAAGUUCCCCGAUGCAGUCAUCGACCAGAUCAUGAUGAUUUCGUACAUGAUAGAUGGCCAAGGUUUUCUUAUUACCAAUCGAGAGAUCGUAUCAGAAGAUAUUCAAGACUUCGAUUAUACGCCUAAACCGGAAUAUCAGGGCCCUUUCAUGAUCUUCAACGAACCAGACGAGAAGGCGGUCAUAGAGAGAUUUUUUGAGCACAUCAAGGAAGCCAAGCCGACAGUCAUGGUUACGUACAAUGGUGACUUUUUCGAUUGGCCCUUUGUUGAGGCCAGAGCGAGUGUGCUUGGUAUCGACAUGUACCAAGAGAUUGGCUUCCGAAAAAACAGCGAGGACAUCUAUCAGUCUGACCACUGUGCACAUAUGGAUGCCUUCUCGUGGGUCAGUCGAGACAGUUACUUACCGCAAGGUAGUCGUGGUCUCAAGGCGGUUACGGUGGCUAAGCUUGGUUAUGAUCCAGACGAGUUGGAUCCUGAACUGAUGACACCGUACGCAAGCGAGCGACCCCAAACACUUGCCGAAUACUCCGUCUCCGACGCCGUGGCCACCUAUUACUUGUACAUGAAAUAUGUGCACCCGUUCAUCUUCGCUCUAUGUACUAUACUUCCUCUGGGUCCCGACGACACGCUACGAAAGGGUACCGGUACCCUCUGCGAAAUGCUGUUGAUGGUGCAGGCUUACCAGAAGGGCAUUGUUCUUCCGAACAAACAUCAAGCCCCAAAGGAAGCUUUCUGGGAAGGCCAUCUACUAGAAUCCGAGACCUACGUUGGUGGCCACGUCGAGAGUAUCGAAGCUGGUGUCUUCCGCAGCGACUUUCCGUACAAUUUUGCUGUUGAUCCGAAAGCCAUCGACGAACUCCUCAGCGAUUUGGAUGCAGCGCUCAAAUUUGCCGUUGAAGUCGAAGAGAAGAAAAAGAUGGAGGAUGUGACAAACUAUGACGACGUCAAGGCUCAGAUCACCGAGAAGCUGCUGCAAUUGAAGAACACACCGAAUCGGAACGAGCGGCCACUUAUUUAUCACUUGGAUGUCGCAUCCAUGUACCCGAAUAUCAUGACGACAAAUCGACUGCAGCCGGAUUCUAUGAUCAAGGAGUCAGAUUGCGCGGCGUGCGACUUCAAUCGUCCAGGAAAGACUUGCGACCGAAGGAUGCCGUGGGCGUGGAGAGGCGAGUACUUGCCGGCCAAACGUGAUGAAUACAACAUGGUCCGGAACGCGCUAGAAAACGAGAAGUUCCCCGGCCGAUUUCCCAAUUCACUAGCACGCACUUUCCAGGAGUUGUCACAAGACGAGCAAGCUACCUUGAUCAAAAAGCGUUUACAAGAGUACAGCAAAAAGAUUUAUCACAAGAUCCACGAUGCGACGACUAUCGAGCGAGAAGCCAUCAUCUGCCAGCGCGAGAACCCCUUCUAUAUCAACACCGUACGAGAUUUCCGUGACCGACGAUACGAUUACAAGGGGAAGCAAAAAGUCUGGAAAGGCAAGACGGAGGAGUUGAAGUCUGCUGGUGCUCCUGCUUCUGAGGUCGAGGAUGCGAAGAAGAUGAUCGUUCUCUUCGACUCCAUGCAACUGGCUCACAAAGUUAUCUUGAACAGUUUCUACGGUUAUGUCAUGCGGAAAGGUUCGCGGUGGUACUCGCUAGAGAUGGCGGGUGUGACUUGUUUAACCGGUGCUCGUAUCAUCCAGAUGGCUCGUCAGCUCGUGGAACGCAUCGGACGACCGCUCGAACUAGACACUGACGGAAUCUGGUGCAUCCUGCCAGCCACGUUUCCGGAGAACUUCGCUUUCAAGAUGAAGAACGGCAAGAAGCUCGCCAUCUCGUAUCCUUGUGUCAUGUUGAACCACCUCGUCCACGCCAAAUUCACCAAUCAUCAGUACGAGACGUUAACAGAUGGUGAGACGUUCCGUUACGAGAAGCAUAGUGAUAACUCUAUCUUCUUCGAAGUCGAUGGUCCUUACAAGGCUAUGAUCUUGCCUACUUCCAAAGAAGAAGACAAGAAUCUGAAGAAACGAUAUGCAGUCUUUAACCACGAUGGUAGCUUGGCUGAGCUGAAGGGGUUUGAGGUCAAGCGACGUGGUGAGCUGAAAUUGAUCAAGAACUUCCAAGCUCAGCUUUUCAAGUUCUUCUUGGAUGGUACUACGCUUGCGGAAACGUACGGCGCUGUCGCCAAUGUCGCCAACCGGUGGCUCGACAUCUUGGAUACGCGUGGUGCCACUUUGGCGGACGAAGAGUUGAUCGAUCUAAUCGUCGAAAACAAGAAUAUGACGAAGACACUAGAAGAAUACGGCGCGCAAAAGUCAACCGCGAUCACCACUGCGAAGCGACUUGCGGAGUUCCUUGGCGAGCAGAUGGUCAAAGACAAGGGCUUGAAUUGCAAGUACAUCAUCUCUGCGCGACCGAAGAACGCUCCUGUUACUGAGCGCGCCGUGCCUAUCGCGAUCUUCUCCGCUGAAGAAUCUGUUAAGCGAUACUUCCUGCGGAAGUGGUUGAAGGAGGAUCCAAGCGAUAUGGACCCUCGAAGCAUCCUUGACUGGGAAUACUACCGGGAACGUCUGGCAUCCGUCAUUCAGAAAAUCAUCACUAUUCCGGCAGCUCUGCAGAAAGUGCGCAAUCCUUGUCCUCGUGUACCGCAUCCGGAUUGGCUCGACCGAAGGAUACGGCAGAAGGAAGACAAAUUCCAGCAAAAGAAGAUGACGGACAUGUUUGAUAAGGCUCUCACGGACGCUGAUACGAAUGUACUUGGAAAUCGAAUCGCCGUGGACCUGGAGGACUUUGGAGGCUCUGGAAAGAUAUCGCCGAAAUCACAAGCCAAGAGGGGCAUGGUGACUAAGAUGGCCACAAAGCGGAAAGAGCCUGAGCCUGCGGUGCCUGUCCAGACCGACCCAUACGCCGCCCUACCGAAAGUCAUGCCCUCGAUCACUGAGGACUACCCAGGAUGGCUCAUGUAUCAGAAGCAGAAGUGGAAGAUCCAGCGGCAAGCACGAAAGCGCCGCCGACAGCUGUUCGGUGAGCGAACAGGUGAUGCCGUUGAUGGUAUCGGAGGCCUUAUCAGAAGCCAGAAUCAAAUGGUGUUCAUGAGCACGUGGCAAUUGGUGCAGUUACGACCGACAGCAACACCAGGCAAAGUCAAGGCUUUCGUGCUCAUUGACAAGAAGAUUCGUUCGCUUGAUAUCAACGUUCCUCGCCACCUGUACCUAAAUCUUAGGGGCGAAGAUCUACCCGAUGUUUCAAUCAGCGGAUGCAGUGUCGAGAAACUCAUCAACCACACCCUUCCGAAUGGACAUCCUUCAACACAUCUCUUCAAGCUGGAGAUGUCAGAGCAGACGUACGUCGAUGAAUCGAAGAAGAUCGCUGCGCUGUUCAAUCACCCCAGUGUGGAAGGUGUUUAUGAGAAACAGGUACCUCUGAAUGUUCGGGCGAUUCUAGAGCUCGGAAACAUCUGUACCUUCGACGAAACCCAAAAGGGUGUUCUGGGCAAGGGUCUUGCUGAAGGUUUUGACCUGCCAAUCCUCAGAAAGGUAGCUUCAAUUUCCCCUUACCUUUCAGAAGCGCCGCUCAGCUACCUUUACCUCUACCAUGUUAGCAGUGGUGAACGCAACAUUUACGCUUUAUUCUCGACCUCAAGGAAUGAGGCCCACAUUAUCAUUCAGAACAAAGCGAAGGAUUCUCAGGGCAUGCCGAACAUCGACCGCAUCUACCGCGACGCUCUACGGAGGCGCCUGGACGAACAUGGUGGCGAACAGUGGCAGAAUACCAUUGAAUACCAAGACGAUGUACAUUUUCGAACGGUUUCUGUGACAACACGACGAAAGGCGCUUCUGGAAAUCGGCGAUGCUGUCAAGCAGAUCAGGCAAGCAGACAAGGAUAAGCCGUUCAUCAUGGUUGUACAGUCACCCAACCAUGCCCUCCUCUCGCAUGACAUCCCUCAACUCCAGGAUAUACCUACCUUGCCACUACGGGCGGAUGAAUCAGACAAGCAGCUGCCUCAGCUGAGCUGGCAGUCGGUCGUUGCUAAGCGUCUUGUCGGGCAUUAUCUGGACCUUGGCUCGUGGGUUUCGCAUCUUACGGAACUUGCUCGAUACGGAGACGUCCCUCUCUGUAACUUGGAGUCAAAUGAUCCGCAAUUCUUGAUUGACGUUGCGUAUGCCAGACGGCUGCAGAAAGAGCGUGUGAUUCUCUGGUGGUCUGCGCAGCCCAAGCCGGACCACGCUGGCUACGAAAAGGACGACAUCCUAGGACCUCUUGACACCGUUGAUAUGCCUUCGAUCAAUAAUCCUGGCACUUACUCCUCCGUCUGUAUCGACCUCAACCUCCGCCAUCUCGCUAUCAACACUAUUCUAUCGUCUUCGCUUAUCAACGAUCUCGAAGGCGCAGAUUCAUUUUCUUUCAACCCUGCGGCUCCUUCGUUCGACAGCAGCAAUGACGGAACGAACGUCAUCUAUUCCGAGAAUGCUUUCGCCACCGCGGGUAUCACUGUGCUGCGAGAGAUGGUGAAGGCGUGGUGGAGCGAGGCAGCCAACGGUGACUACAUGGCCGAUGUCAUGGUACAGCAUCUGGUGAGGUGGGUCAGUAGCCCAGGAUCUUUCCUCUACGACCGCGCUCUUCACUACUACGUACAAAUGAUGAGCAAGAAGGCGCUGCAGCAGCUCAUGACCGACUUCAAGCGCGUGGGCUCACACAUCGUUUUCGCAUCACCCACGCGCCUGCUCCUCCAAACGACCAAAGCAGAAGUCGGCAACGCCUAUGCCUACGCACAGUACAUCCUCAAAACCAUCCAAGCAAAGCCCCUCUUCAACUUCCUCGAGCUGGAGAUCAAAGAAUAUUGGGAUUACCUUGUCUGGUACGACGAAUUCAACUACGGAGGUAAAGGGUGUGAGAAGAUCGUCGAAGAAGAGAACCAAACCCUCGACAACAUAAUGCACUGGCAGCUCGCGACUUUUCUGCCCCCAGACCUGCAGAAGGAAUUCGACGCCACCAUCGUCGACUUCAUCGAACUGAUGCACGCGCGCAAACGCCCUGGUCCUGGCCCUGACGGCAGCACUCCGCGCUUGACGCAGAUCCCGCUUAAGCCUCUCACGGUGGAUCCAAACGAAAUGACACACAUUCUCCCCAAGACCUUCACCAAGCCGCUCUUCAAGCAGAUCUCUACGUGGCUGCGUCGCCAGCACGCCGAGAUGCGCGUCGCAGACCUUGCGGACAGCUGGGCUUUCCCGAGGUUGCCAGGCAGCCAUCUCAACCUUUCCAAUCCCGUGCUGCAGCUUGUAAAAAGCAUCAUGCAAGUCCUCAGCUUAGACCGGAGUAUCACGCUCGAAGUGCGCCUGUUACGCAAAGAACUCCUUGCGCUCUUCGAAAUCCGCGAGUUCAGCGCCGAUGCCGCGUUUCAGAAUCCCAGCGCGAGUCUGAUGCUACGGGGUGUUAUUUGCGAGGAGUGCACUGCGGAACGCGAUAUCGAUCUUUGCCGCGAUGCCUCCCUUCUCCCCACUUCUACUAACUCAUCGACCAUUGUCCUGCCCAAGUGGAAUUGCGAAGCCUGCGCCACACCCUACGACCUCCUUCGCAUCGAGGAACAGCUCGUCUCCGAUGUACAGCGCCUGCUGCUCGAAUGGUCGGUGCAGGAUCUCAAGUGUGGGAAGUGUAAGAGGUUGCGCUCUAACGAGUUCAUGGAACAUUGUGCUUGCGCAGGGGAGUGGGUUGCCACGAAGGAUAGAGCAGACGUAAAAAGGAGACUGAAUGUAUAUUGGGGUGUCGGGGAGUUUUUCGGAUUGAGGAUGUUAGAGGGGUUGUGGGGAGUGUUUGGGGAUUUUAGGUAUGGUUGA